AUGUACGAAGUCCUCACUUCAGACAUUCUCAAAGUUUGCGUCUCUACUUCGCUGGACCCAGAAGCCCCAUUUGAGAGAAAAUUUAUGAAAAAUAUAACAGUUGGUGAUUUGAAGGGCAAACUGGAAAUGCUGACAGGGGCAAGUUCUGCGACAAUGAAAAUUGAAAUUUAUGAAAAGGAUUCCGAUAAAUUAGUCUGCAUGCUAGAUAAUGAAGAUGCUCUUCUUGGUUCAUAUCCAAUAGAUGAUGGUAUGAGGAUACAUGUUGUAGAUACUUUCAUAUUGCGUAAUUCCUUCAACAAUCCGGAAGGUGACGCUGAUAAGUUUGAAUUGACCCCAGAACAAUACGCUAAGAAAACAGGAACUGUGCGAGCAUUUCUUGAACGCAACAAGUUAGGCAAGUAUAAUGAGGAAGAGCAAAGAAAGCUUGCUGAGGCUAAACAGGCUGAAAGAGAAGCUGAAGAAGCAGCAGCAAAAUCCAUUCACAUUGGCAACCGAUGUGAGGUCAAAGUACCCACUGCACCAACAAGACGAGCUACUGUCAUGUAUGUCGGUGCAAUGGAAGGCAAACAGGGGCUGUGGGUUGGUGUGAAGUAUGAUGAGCCUCUUGAAAAUGAUGGCGCAGUGGAGGGAAAGAGGUAUUUUGAAUGCCCCCCAAAAUAUGGAGGAUUUACCAAAGUUGGCAACAUUACCGUUGGAGAUUUUCCCGAGGAAGAUUUUGAAUUGGAUGAAAUUUGAACUUGCAAUGUAAAAUGUGAUCAUCACAACUCACCACGUUUUGUAAUUGGAUGAAGAAACCAUUUUUUCACUCUCUA